AUGCUUACCCUGCCUGACUCCCGGCAGCCGAACCACGCAGCGCCAGCCAGCCAGCCCCAUGACAUAAAACACAACCUUGAAGGAACUGAUUACUUGGGCAGCAGGCGGCUGCCUCGGCACUUACUGCAUUCGGUCAGUGCAGGUGCACGUGCCAGAGUGCCCGAGGUGUCUGAUCGACCAAUCAGUGCCACUAGAAAGGAGGACCAUCAUCCGGAGUGGCCGAGGCGGGAGUGGCCCACUUACUCGGUGGGUUCAAUACUACUUCAGGUGUGUUAUUGUGGGCCGGUCGUUCAUGAUAGUAACUCCGUUCAACUAGACUACAUCUUUCGCCUUGUCCGAAGGCACGGGGAUCCACUCUGCUCCCUUCUUCUGCCGGGGCCCCGUAAUAUCCAUCAGAAGGUUGCUUUCGUGUCCUAUCUUACUCGUUAUUCAUAUCCUAGGUUAAAUUGUCUGGAGUGA